AUGGCUGACGCCACAGGUGUUCUGGUAAUCGGACAGACCUCGGCAGGCGCGCUCGAUUCAACCGCCGCCGAACUCUUGGCCGCUGGCCGCUUGGUAGCCGCCUCUCUGGGCGAGGAACUUUCAAUCGCUCUGUUGGGCGACGCCGUUGAUGCCCCCGCGCAACAGGCUAUAGCCCACGGUGCAGACAAGGUCUAUUCGGUCACCAAUCCAUUGCUCUCCGAAUACCAGGCGGACUUGUACUUGGCAGCAUUGGACUCUCUUUGCCGGGAGGCGAACCCUCGCGUGGUGUUGAUGGCGCGCACCAACGACGGACGCGAACUGGCCCCCCGUCUGGCGUUCCGGCUUGGCGUUGGCUUGGCUCAGGACUGCCUCGAGGUCUCGAUUGAUGAGGCCAGCAAGACGCUGUUGGCCAACCGUCCGGUGUACGGAGGCAAUGCCAUUGCCGUAGUCAGUUGCGAACACACCCCACAGAUUGCGGCCAUCCGCCCCAAGGCCUACGAACCCACCGAGAUGGACCAGUCCCGGCAGGGGCAGGUGGUUUCAUUCCCUGUGGACCUCGAUGCAUCGCAGGCCCGCACCCGUGUGGUCGAGACAGUGAGAGAGGAGUCCGAGGGAGUUAAGCUGGAGGACGCCCGCGUGGUCGUCUCCGGUGGCCGGGGACUCGGCGGGCCUGAACCGUUCUCUGGGCUCGAGGAUCUGGCAAAGCUGCUGGGUGGUGCUGUAGGCGCAUCCCGCGCGGCCGUGGACUCUGGUUGGGUGCCGUCUUCUUACCAGGUCGGCUUGACCGGCAAGUCCAUAACUCCCGAUCUCUACAUCACCGUAGCCAUAUCUGGCGCCAGCCAGCACAUGGCCGGCUGCUCCGGCGCCAAGUGCAUCGUCGCCAUAAACAAGGACGCCGACGCCAACAUCUUCAAGGAUGCUCGUUACGGCGUGGUUGGCGACUGGGAGACCGUGAUCCCAGCUCUCACCGAGGCAGUUCGGGAGUUGAUGGACAGCUAG